CGUGUUGGUGAACCUACCAAUAAAUCAUCUAACAAGAAAGCAAAGAAGCAAGUUAAAAAGGAAUCAGAUAUAUUAGAUCUUAUAAAUGAAUUAUCUACCGAACCCGAAACUGUACAAGUCUCUAUAACUAGAAAAGAAAAUGCUGUUAAUUUCAUCGAUUUAUAUAAUAAUAUAACCCAUGCAGAAACCCAAAAUGAAAUUACGAAUCGAGAGGUUAUAACCUACUAUUAUCUCUUUGGUAAAGCUCUAUCAGAACGACUUAAGCAUCACGAGAAAACAAAUCCCCCAUAUGCUUCUUU